UGAAAAACAGGAGAUAGCAGUGACAGUAGCCUCCUGGACCUCAUGUUUGCAUCCCUAGUCUUGCUACUUGGACUUGAUACUGUGACCUCAUCAACUAAUAUUGAGAGAUUAAAACGAGACAUCAGACCUUGCUUCCCAUUGCUGGAUGAGCUUCUCUUCCGUGCAGUUGGGGGGGAAAACCAUCAGGGCUUCUCUCAUCUUACGGAUGUGCUGAGUGUGUUAUUCCUCCCAGAGCACCAUGCACUACAGAAUGAAAUUGAAAAGUUUGCUGAAAGUGCAGACUCCACAUAUGCUUGUGUAAUGAUGGAAGGGCAAGUCGUCAGUGGAACACGAAACUUCUGGACUCUCUCCCACACAGAGCUGGUUCUGUUGCCUCUCUUGGUGACUUCAAACACAUUCACUGUAGCUCGAGAUCUUCCCAUCUAUCUCCCAAACAAGAGUCCUAAUGAAUGCCUAGAUCCCGGAGACAGGAAUACCAUCCCAUUCCCGCCAUGUCGCAUUACCAGAGUUCGGGAAUUUGAGACAACUACAACGUAA